GAGAGAAUAGCCACUACUACCACACCACCUCCCAAGUCAAAUCCCUUCAUUUUCUCUCUUCACUCAAAUCUACACACGCAUUCUCUUUCUCUCUCUCUUUCUCUCACUACUUGUAUUUGGUCUUCUUCUCCUAGUCUCAAGUCUCCAUUCCCUUUUUAUUGCCGAGUCCAUUGCACCGUUUCCAGACCCCUCUCUCUCUCUCUCUCUCUCUCUCUCAGUCCCUCCUCUUGAUUUAUUAUGGCCCAAGGAAGAAGUGAACUCUCAAUUGAUUCAGAUCGGAUCGGAUUAUUCCUAUACCACCCAACUGUCAUCAAUUCAUUUCCCGACGACAACCACCACCACCACCUCCGCCACCAUCACCACCAUCACCACCGUCCCAAGCUCAAGUUUGAACCCAUGGAAAUGGAACCAACCACCACCAGGUCACCGAUAAAAACCAUCCAAUUCCCAGUCAAUCUCAACUGCACCACCACCACCACCUCCGAUCAAGACAUUCCCACGCCGUCCGAUCACAAUCAUCGCACGGUCAUCGACGAGAUGGACUUCUUCGCCCAGAAUAAAAAACAUGACGAUGACUCCAAGGCUACAGCCACCACCGUUGCCGCCGAUCGACCACCUCCCAAAUUGGAUUUCAACGUUAACACUGGACUGCACCUUCUGACUGCGAACACCAGUAGUGAUCAAUCAAUGGUGGACGAUGGAAUAUCUCCCAACUCCGAUGAUAAAAGAGCUAGGACUGAGCUAGCUGUUCUUCAAGCGGAGAUAGAACGAAUGAACGCGGAGAAUCAACGCCUGCGAGACAUGCUCAAUCAAGUUACAACCAAUUACAACACGCUUCAAAUGCAUCUGAUGACACUGAUGCAACAACAACAAGAACGAGAACAUCAACAAGACGAUCGGAACAAUAACAACAUGCUAGAUGGGAAAGUGGAAGUUGAUGAUAAUAAGAAACGUGGUGGUCUAAUGGUGCCUAGACAGUUCAUGGACCUUGGAUUAGCUGCGGAGACAGAAGAGACUGAGCUGUCUUCCUCGGAGGGGAGGAGCAAAGAUCGGUCAGGAUCGCCGGUGAAUGAUAAUGGGGAGGCGGCGGCUUCGAAAGAGUUGUGUGAUGAUCAGGGAAGAGAGGAGAGUCCAGAUAAUGGAUCGAGCCAAGGAUGGUGUGGGGGUGGUGGUGGUCCUAGUAAGGUUGCUAGAUUGAAUAAUUCUUCUAAAAAUGUUGAUCAAGCUACCGAGGCCACCAUGAGGAAAGCCCGAGUCUCCGUACGAGCACGAUCCGAGGCACCCAUGAUCAGUGAUGGAUGCCAAUGGCGGAAGUAUGGGCAAAAAAUGGCGAAAGGAAACCCGUGCCCUCGUGCCUAUUAUCGUUGCACCAUGGCUGCCGGCUGCCCAGUUCGAAAGCAAGUACAGAGAUGUGCAGAAGACAGAACCAUCCUCAUUACAACCUACGAAGGCAAUCACAACCACCCAUUGCCUCCGGCUGCCAUGGCCAUGGCCUCCACAACCUCCUCAGCCGCCCGAAUGCUCCUCUCAGGCUCAAUGCCGAGUGCCGACGGCCUAAUUAACUCCAAUUUUCUAGCCAGGACACUCCUCCCAUGCUCAUCAAACAUGGCCACAAUUUCAGCCUCAGCCCCAUUCCCUACUGUCACUCUAGACCUCACCCAAAGCCCCAACCCAUUACAACACUUCCAAAGGCCACCAAACCCAUUUCAUGUCCCAUUCCCUAACCCACAACCACCAGCCAAUCUACUGCCCCAAGCAUUUGGCCAGGCAUUGUAUAACCAAUCAAAAUUCUCUGGGCUUCAAAUGUCACAAGAUGCCCAAUUGGGCCACCAAGCCGUGCCACUGCCGCCACUGAAUCAGCAGAACUCGUUGGCAGACACCGUUACUGCCCUCACUGCCGACCCCAACUUCACCGCAGCUAUAGCGGCAGCCAUCUCUUCUCUAAUUGGUGGAGGUAACAAUAAUGGAAAUGUCGCGGCUACCACCACCACCAGCAACAACAAUGGCGGCGUUUCGAGCAGUAAUAACAAUAGCGGUGACAAUAAUAAAGUCAAUAAUUCAAGUUUUAUGGGGAAUUAGGGGGUUAUAUGGUUAUUGUCUUUCAAGUUUUUAUAUUUAAAAUUUUUAUUUUUAUUUUUAUUUUUAUAAUCCUAAAGUUUUGUUUUGGGAUGGAAAAUGAGGUAUACAUGUUCAUUUCUUUUUGUGGAUGUGGAGGGAGGUCAAUUAGCCAUAGAUUUUUUACAUUCUUUGUUAGUUUUAAAUAAUGUCAUCUAAAUUGUCAUGAUAUAAGGAAAAAAAGUGCAGAUUUAAUUGCUUUUGUACGGA